GACGCUUUCUUCUGCCUCUACUCCUACGUCUCCAAGACCCCCGUGCAGCGCAUCUCCCCUUUGCGCCUCACCUGGACCGAGCCCGGCAUCCCCGAAAUCCGUGCCCCCCCUUCCCGACCCCCCACCCUCUCUCCCGCUGAGCGUCUGAGGGCGGCCGUGUCCAAGAUGUGCCUGUACACUUCCCCCCGCGCCAGGGGUACCCUGGGCAGAGUGGUGCGGGAGGUGCUGGAGCGCGCCCGUGGGGAGAGGUUUCGCUUCGACCCUGGUGAUGUGGAAGGAUGGGAGGGGGGGGACGGCUGUGGGGCGGCCGCGGGGAUGUCACCGCGCGGAGCUGGGGGGUCCCCGUGGCUCCCCACGUGUCCCCGUCAGCGAGGGAUGGAGGCGGCUGUGGGACGUCCCCACGGCCAGAGAUCCGUGGUGGGGGCUCUGCCGUGGGCUGGGGAUGCUCCGAGCCCCCCAAGAGCAGGAUGGGGUGACGCAGAGGAUGGACAGCUGCGGGUGAAUGUCACCUCGUCCCCAGCGCUGGGCACGGUGGCCAUGGACGGCAGCUGGCUGUGUGCCACCCCCACACCGCUGGGACGCUAUGAGGACUCAGGGACCUCACCCAGGGGGACAGGAGGGGGGCAGCGCCCAGGAGAGCCCCCGGACCCCCCCGGGGCACUGUCCCCUCCAUCCCACUGCACAGCAGGCGGAGACCAAUGGGGUCAGCGGAGCAGAGGAUGGCACCGAGUGGGUGGCGCUGACUGGCAGCAGAGGGACGCACCGGGGCUGCAGCCCCCCAGGAAGGGUCCCACCGUGGGGGGCUUCGUGUCCCACCGCCCCAGCUGGGCCGAGACGCUCCGCAGCGAGGCCGUGGACUCCUUCGAGAUGGAAGAGGUGCUGAGCGCCAGUGAGGAUGACAGCGAUACCCACGAGGAUGAUGACGAUGAUGAUGAUGAUGAUGAUGAUGAUGAAGACACCUGCGAGGAAGCCAGCUGCUCCGUGCGGUUCCGCAGAAGUUUGAUGCUGCACGGGGUCGGCGGGCACUCCGACAGCAGCGGCUUCGUGGAGGAGCCCCUCCCCGAGCAAACAGCGUGAGCCCACCGGGGGUCCCCUGCCCUCACCCCCCCAACCCCCCCGACUGCUGCUCCAGCACCGGAGCGCACCAACGGGUGCAGGACGGAUUGCACCGCUGCGCUUCGUGCACCGGAGCCCAUCCUCAGCCCAGUGCUGAGCACUGCGUGGACACGUGUGUGUGUGUGUGUGU